AUGGCACCAGGCAAAGCAACCAAAAAACAGACGCGAUUGGCUUUCGCUUCGGCCGCUGCGCCUUCUGGCCCAGCGAGCCCAGAGCAAAGCAGUCGAUAUUCUACCCUCCAGUACAGCAACCCAGGCUCGGGGGUAUACCGCGCGAAACCGCACAAGAUCAAGACCGAGACCAAGGUCAAACCGCGAGCCAAACCGAAGAAACAGUCACGACUUCCUACCCAAAAUGCACAGGCUGCCUCGAAGCUGAACGGAACACGCACAAGUGAGAAUUUUCUCCGUCUUCAGAAUAGCCUGCUUUUCAAUACUGACCAGUUUGCGUCUGCAGACGAACCAGACGACUCAUCCUCCGAAGUUUCCUCCCAGAAAACGCAAGCUGCGCAUCCGAGUGUGCAGAUCGUGCUCAACAACAGUGCAAUGAAACUAGACAAGUCUGAGAGCUCGAAGAAACCAGUACGAGCUUUGAAGUCCUCUGGGGAACAAUCUAGCUUGCGCCAGAAGCGGAAGCGAAAGGCCCCAAGCUCCCCGAUUGUGUUGAGCGACUCAGACGAGCCUAUCAUCUCGUCAUCCGUCCAGAAGCGCAGACGUGGACUGGAAGAAAGCACUUCGGCCAAGGCACACAGGGAUGACGACGACGAUUCCGACAUGCCGCUUCGGUCUUCGGCAGUGAAGAGACUCAGACGUGGUCAGGACCAAAAUACCCCGGUUAAGCCACGCAACGAAGAGGAUGAUGACUCUGACCUACCAAUUCGGUCUUCGGCUGUGAAGCGACUCAGGCGUGGCCAUGAGCCAAAAAAGCCGAGUGAAAGUAGCGACGGAGAAGAUGACUCCGACCAGCCGAUUCACUCCUCACCCGUGAAGAAGCUCAGACGUGGACAAGAUAUACCUCAUCCUCAGACACCCCGAACUCCGCGCGAUAUCUCGAACCAGGCCAGACUUGAUCUUGCUGAAGAUCUGGAUGACCUCCGGGACUCAGUUCUUCGAAAGAGCCGUACUCGUGGUCAUGUUGCGGGAUCUGCCCGAGACAACAGAUUGAAGAAUCUGGAAAUCCUCCGGCGCAGACGAGCCGGUUUGAAAGAAGAGGAAAGUGAGGACGAGUCUGAGGAACAAUCCGACUCAGACAUCCAAGAGGUCGACCAAAAUGACAAUAAAAUCAGUCCCUCUACUCGCCAGCUUAGUCGGAAGAACCAGCCGGAGGUGGACAGCGAUGUUGAAUCUACCAUCACCGCUAACGAAGACUUGGACCGAUACGAAGACGACUUCGUCCUGGAAGACGAGCAGAAUGACCUCGGCGUCCCGACUGAAGGCAUUCCCCUCGAAUUCACCCGACACGCGUACAAACAGCCAAAGGACUACUUCCGCGAUGUGGUAUACUGGAUGGUGCAGAACAAGCUCAACCCAGCUUUCCCCCGCUCAGACCCGAUGUUCAGAAUGGCAUUCGCGAAACUAGAAGACGAAGUCAAAGGCCGGUCUGGCUCUCAGCUUAUUUCCUCAGUCUGGACUCCUGAGUUCAUCUAUGCCAUUCAAGCUCGCCCUUCGAUGGAAAUCACGGCCUUCCCGACAGAAGAGGACCAUCCAUGUGAUGCAUGCAGACGUUCUGGCCACCCCGCCUCCUUUGAUCUGAAACCAUACGACAAAGCAUACUCUCUGGAGACACUGGAGCCCUUGAACGAAGAAACUUCCGAUAGUGACGAACAGUCCAAGGAUGAUGACAACAGCGAGGAUGAUGGCAAGGAACGAGACAGAGAUGGUCAUAUACUUCCACCUGAGGGCACCCACUUCUAUCUAGGAAGAACAUGCAAGGGAAGAGCCGACCUCGCCCACACUCUCAUCCACUGGCGAUACCAUCUAAAUGAAUGGGUCAUCGAUUACCUCAACGGUUCGGGCCACAUGCACGACGACGAAAUCCUCCGACGGAACAACCUGAGCACCAAGAAGAAGACACGCCACGCCAAUCAUGUCCUUGACCAGAUGGUCGCGUGCGGUAUAGUCGAUGGACUCUGGCGCGACUUCCAUAUCAGUCUCCGGACCGCGCGUGAGAAAGAGUCUCUUUUUGCCUGA